UUACCCGACACUUACGCAUGAUGUCGAAAUUUCCGAUUCCGCGAUGCAUACGUUGAGUAAGUUAUACAACACAUUACCAAAUUAUCCGACACUGAGGCAUGAUGUCGAAAUUUCUGUUCCCGCUACGAACACCGUGAGUAAGCAACAUACUAAGCAACAUAAAAGCGAAAAGAUUUCUUUAUGUCCACUGUAACCUUCAUCCUCAUUCACUUGGAAUUUGAAUUAUAAUUCUUCCAAUAUUCUCAGCAUCCAUCUACAUGUGCUGUACGGAUAUGUUAUUCGGUAGUAAAGGUAUACAUUGCAGGUAGAGAGAGAAAUAUAGAAAGAGAGACAUCGGCAGGUUCUACAAGAGUACGACUUUCAGCACGGAUUACGAAGGAGCUCAGUAAGUUUGAAAGCACGGAGAACGCGCAACCCAAUAUUCGCAGAGCAACAGGGACAUCGCACUCAUCGCAGGCGAUCGAACGAUUAAAUCGAACACGUGGAGCAUUGACUGUUCACAACCAUGGAGGAAAAAGUGACAACGUCUGAAAUUCAAUCCUUCUACAUAGGCAAGACCGUUUUUAUUACUGGCGCUUCUGGUUUCAUGGGUAAAGUUCUCUUGGAGAAAUUACUGUAUUCCUGUUCCGAUCUUGACAAAAUCUACGUUCUCAUGCGUGUGAAGAGAAGCUGCACUGUCCAAAGUCGGCUCGACGACAUGUUCAAAUUGCCUCUGUUUCAAAGAUUGCGGAAUGAGAAACCUAACCUUUUUAAGAAAGUAAUACUGCUGACUGGCGACAUAUGUUUGCCCGAUUUAGGUCUCAUCGAUCAACAGCGUGAGCUCUUAAUAAACGAAGUAAAUGUGGUAUUUAACUUCGCCGCGACGCUUCGAAUGAAUUCGAAAUUGAAAGAUGCCAUUGAGAUGAACACGACAGGUACACAACGAGUAUUGGAUAUGGCAAAAGAAAUGAAACAUCUAGAGUCUUUUGUACAUUUAAGCACAGCUUUCGGUCACGUCGAUCAAGAGGAACUUGGCGAGCGUAUCUACAACCCGCCCGUUGAACCUCAAGAUAUCAUGAGACUUGUUCAGUGCUUAGAUGAUGAGAGUAUCGAUCUUAUUACGUCCAAAUUAAUACAUCCACAUCCAAACACUUACACGUACACAAAAUGUUUAGCAGAAACGCUGGUGGCCAACGAAUACCCCAAUAUACCUUGCUGCAUCGCUAGACCAUCGAUCGUACUACCUAGUUACGAAGAGCCGAUGCCAGGAUGGGUCGAUAACUUAAACGGACCAAUAGGAUUGCUAGUCGGUGCAGGCAAAGGUGUUAUCAGAUCAAUGCACUGCAACGGCAAUUAUCACGUUGAAUUUAUACCAGUAGAUUUCGCGAUUAAUACAUUAAUUGCGAUUUCAUACAAACUUACUACUGAUAAAAAAAAAUCAAAAAGUAUUCCCGUAAUCAAUGUAACGCAAGGCAAUAUAAAACGUCUUACUUGGGCAGAAGUACUGGAGAAGGGCAGAGAGCGCCUUUACGAAUAUCCUUUCGAUGGAGUCAUUUGGUAUCCAGAUGGCGAUAUACGUAGCAGCAAAUGUGUGCAUAAUCUUUUCAUCUUCUUCUUUCACAUUAUUCCCGCGUACCUCAUUGAUUUCCUGAUGUUAAUAUUUCUGCAGAAAAGAUUUAUGGUUAAUCUCCAAAACCGAAUCUCAAACGGUCUCGAACUGUUGCAAUAUUUUACCACGAGAGAGUGGAAAUUUUGUAACGAUAAAUUCAACAAACUGCACGAGGAAUUACAAGGGGCAGACAAGGAAAUAUUUAUAAAUUUCCAUUACGAUAUAGAUGUAGAUGAGUAUAUUAAAAACAUUAUCCUUGGCACACGGCAGUAUUGUAUGAAGGAGGAUCUGUCUACUCUACCGAAAGCCCGGCGGCAUCAAAAAAUACUGUACUUUGUCCAUAUCAUAGCUGUAUAUUCAUUCUACUUCGGCAUAUUAUAUUAUACUUACAACAAUAUUGGGAUAGUAAAAAUCUUCCUGGAUUAUGUUGCCGACUCAUUAAAAUCGCUACCGUUCAUAUGCGGAUUACUGAAGAAGUUGCAUCUCUAAGAACGUAUACGCAUUCUACAUUCAUUGCGUAACAUACUUGAUAUGCGACGAGCAAACGAGGAAAAAUACAUAGUUUUUGCGACGGUGAUCUAUUACGGUUCUUAUUUGAAUCGUUUGUAAGUAUAUUAACGGGCAUAAAUUAUGAGGUUAAAGGCAAUUUUAACAUGGAAAUCCUGUUGAUAUACGCAAUAAACGUAGAAUACGUAUAUAGUAUACGCAUGUGCGACGAGCAAACGAGGACCAACAUAUGACUUCACAGCUAUAAUUAAUAUAGCUAGAAUAGCUAUGGCUAUAUUUUUACUUUUUUAUUAGCUGUUACAACGCUUUUGCAGAUAAAAAUCCAGCAGAAUAACUUUCGUUAUUCUGAUGAAAAACUGCUAUCUCAUAAGCAGUUUUUCAACAUCCAAUCAUAAAUCUUUUUUCGCAACGAUUACGCAAUCUAUUAUAACAAUUAAGAAAUUUUCCAGUAAACAGAUUUUGCUCCAAGAAAUUCAUGGUGGAAACAAUCCCAAGUAACAUGGCCUGGUUAAUCUGCAAAAGCGAAGCUCAAACGGUCUCGAACUGUUGCAAUAUUUUACCACGAGAGAGUGGAAAUUUUGUAACGAUAAAUUCAUCAAACUGCACGAGGAAUUACAAGGGGCAGACAAGGAAAUGUUUAUAAAUUUCCAUUACGAUAUAGAUGUAGAUGAGUAUAUUAAAAACAUUAUCCUUGGCACACGGCAGUAUUGUAUGAAGGAGGAUCUGUCUACUCUACCGAAAGCCCGUCGGCAUAAAAAAAUGUAGGUUUUCACUACGCAGAUUACCAUAAUGUUUUCACACACAAUUAAUAAAUACAAUCCCGUAAAAUUUAUUCACUCACUUUCCAGAAUCUUUUUUGAAAGUAAAGUUUUUGAGUUUUUCAUCAAGCAGAAGAAAAAUGAAAUAUGUGCAUAAUGUACAUAUUCAUGCCAAUAAAAAUUUUUAAUAUUUAUUUUUUCCUUUUUAGUUUUAAAAACGUAUUUCAUAAAAAAUCUUUGUUUCAAAAUGUACUUUGUCCAUAUCAUAGCGGUAUAUUCAUUCUACUUCGGCAUAUUAUAUUUUAUUUACAAAAAUAUCGGGAUAGUAAACAACUGCCUGAAUUAUGUCACCGCCACAGUAAGAUCGCUACCGUUCAUAAGCGGAUUACUGAAGAACAUACAUUUCUAAGAGCCGCAAUAAAUCGCCGUCGAAAGAACUAUAUGUUGUUCCUCGUUUGCUCGUCGCAUAUCAAGUGUAACGCAAUAAACGUAGAGUACGUUUACGUUUAUUGAGUAUACGUAACAAUAUAUAGUUCAACCAACGGUGAUCUGUUGCGUCUCUCAUUUGAACCAUUUGUAAUUAUAUUAACGGACAUAAAUUAUGAGGUUGAAGGCAAUUUUAACAUGGAAAUACUGAUGAUAUUAAUCAUAAAUUUACUAUAGAUCGAAUCGCAGGUGUUUGUAAAAACCGACUUAUCUGCCUCAGUUGAAACUUUCUAAAACAUAAGCUUUUAGGAAAUUUCGACAAAAUGACACAUAAUGACACAUAAGACAUGUAAUGUAAGCUCUUUUCUGCAACAUAGAAAUACGCUAAAAUACUAUAAAAUAAGUCGCUACUACACCAUAUACAUAUAUCGGAUACAUAUAAUAUAUAUAAAAAUAUUUAAUGGAGUAAAGGUUUAUACG